UAGAUCACAUUUAUCAUAAAUUAGUUUUUGUCUCUUGUACAUACUACAAUCUUCUCCACCAUGAUGUUGUUUUCAUAUUAAUUGGCUAUAUAUAUCCCAAACCCCUUUUCUAGCAACCUCUACUCUCUCUCCUCUCUUUCUCUCUCUACUCCAUAAAGCCUCACCUCAUUUAGUCAUUUUUCUUCCUUGAUGAAUUUCACAAGUUCACCCACUUUCACCCCAUUUUAAAACCAAUCAUUCACAUCCACCUCAUUUUACACCCACCAAAAAAUGAUGUCAUCGGAGAACAUCCCUCCGGUGGCACAUCCAUCAGAUCACAACAACAACGGCGGCACCGCGAACGCCCGAAAACAAACUUCUCAAAAACCACCAGAACAGCCACCAGCUCUCAAGUGCCCUCGUUGUGAUUCCUCCAACACGAAAUUCUGCUACUACAACAAUUACAGCUUAACACAACCUAGACACUUUUGUAAGACUUGUAGGAGGUACUGGACUAAAGGUGGGGCCCUCCGUAACGUCCCCAUCGGAGGCGGUUGCCGUAAAACCAAAAAACACAAACCCUCUAAUUCAUGUCCACCAUCAUCUAUAUCUAAUUCCUCACGCUUUGAUCUGUCAGCGGGGCCAGGAAGUUCCGAGUUCAAGUUCCUGGCCCCGCCAACAGUGGCCCCCGCCAUGGAGUUUCAGCUGGGUGGGCUCUCCUUCCCUAGGCUCCACCCAGCUACGGCAGGGGUCUACACCCAGUUUAUCGCCAGUUCCGGGGCCCACCAUCCGCCUGUAGGCCCCGGAACUGGAGGGUGUUUUAGUUUGGACUUGUUGGGUAUAGGCGGUAAUAACUACCCAACAAUUCCAAACUCAGGAAACUCCUCUUCUUCCUCCUCAUCCUCCUUAUCUCUAGCUGGGGGCGGUGGUGUAGGUGAUCAAACCAUUUCGAUCUCCUCAAUCGAGUCGUUAAGCUCGAUUAAUCAAGAGAUGCACUGGAAGCUACAACAACAAAGACUCGCCAUGAUCUAUGGACAACCAACAGUUGAUAAUCAAAUCGACGAAAACAACAAUAAUCAUCAAGAUAAAGGGCUAUCUGUAGGAGGAGGUAUAAGUUUGUUCAAGAAUUUAGAGAAUAUCAGCAGAAAUAGUAAUAAAAUUGACGUAGGUGGUCCUACUGAAUGGUUAUUUGAUCAACUUCAAACAAAUUCUACUGCUAAUUACGCUGAUAAUCACAAUACUAAUAAUAACAAUAAUUCAAAUGUGGGUGUUACGACUACAAAUUGCAACAAUAAUGAAGAUGAUUUCAACGGUGUUUGGACGACGGCGGAGUUGCAUAAUCAUCAACAACAUCAUCAGUUUAACGGACUGCACUAGAUGAUUGUAGAAAGAGAAGCAAGAAGAGAGUAUGGUGGCUGGUAAGAGGUCAGCAAAGAUGUCAUUAAAUUAAUUAAUUAUAUGAAGUUUAAAUGAUGAGGUUAGAUUAAUUAAUUUUAAGAGUAGAGUGUUUUAAAGAAGUUUAAUUAGUACUAUAAGUACUUGUAAGUAAAAAAAAAAAGUAACCUUUUGUAAAACUUUGCUAAAUUAUGCUGGUAUAAUGAACAAUCAAUGUUACAGAAUUAUUUUUUUGUGUUAUUUGCCCUUUUUCUUGCCUUUUGAUUUUUAAUUUAAUUUUUGGUACACAAUUGCUUGGGAUUUGGGAUAGAUACUACGGAGUAGUAACUGUCUAAGAACUUAGCUUUUCCCAUGGAUUAAUAUGAAAUGAGGGAUUCAAACAUGAAACUGAUCCUG